AGAGACUGAGCGCGCCGAUUUAAAACCCUAAACACUUUUCAUCCUCUCACCACACCAUGAAAGACUGGCGAUGGCUUCCCUUGCAACGAGUGAUCUGCCCGACGGUGGAUUGCCCCACUGCUAAGAUGUCCCAGUCUGCACCUGCUGAUGACGGGACCACCUUCGAACAUCUGUGGAGCAGCCUGGAGCCCGACAGCACCUACUAUGAGCCGCCCAACGGGGGUCACCCAGGCGGGCACCAUGGAGACCGGGGACCCCACCCGGGCAUGCCGGGCAACAGGGCGGAGGUCUGCAUGGACGUCUACCACAUGAGGGACAUGAACGACAACCUAAUGUCGCAGUACAGCCUGCUGAACAACAGCAUGGAGUCCAGCCUGGCCGGUCAGCAGCAGCAGCAGCAGCAGCAGCAGCAGCAGCAGCAGCCACCGCAGCGGGCCUCCAGCACCAGCCCCUUCGGCUCGGCCUCCGACCACAACCCCUCCAGCGUGCAGCCCACGCCCUCGCCCUACGCCCAGCCCAACUCCACCUUCGAGGCGGCCUCGCCGGCGCCCGCCAUCCCCUCCAACACAGACUACCCGGGGCCCCACGUCUUCCAGGUCACCUUCCAGCAGUCCAGCACCGCCAAGUCGGCCACCUGGACCUACUCCCCUCUGCUGAAGAAGCUGUACUGCCAGAUUGCCAAGACCUGUCCAAUCCAAGUCAAGCUGGCCUCGGCCCCGCCCCCCGGCUGCAUCGUCAGGGCGAUGCCCAUAUACAAGAAGGCGGAGCAUGUCACAGAGGUGGUCAAGCGAUGCCCCAACCAUGAGCUCGGACGCGACUUCAACGACGGCCAGGUGGCUCCAGCCAGUCACCUGAUUAGGGUGGAGGGGAGUAACAUGGCCCAGUAUGUGGAUGACCCCGUCACAGGCAGACAGAGCGUCCUGGUCCCUUACGAAUGUCCACAGGUGGGAACAGAGUUCACCACCAUCCUCUACAACUUCAUGUGCAACAGCAGCUGCGUGGGGGGCAUGAACAGAAGACCUAUCCUCAUCAUCAUCACGCUGGAGACGCGAGAUGGUCAGGUGCUGGGGAGGAGGUCGUUUGAGGGUCGCAUCUGUGCAUGUCCGGGUCGCGACCGCAAGGCAGACGAGGACCACUUCAGAGAACAGCAGGCCAUCAGUGACAGUGUCAGCAAGAAUGGCAACACCAGCAAACGCAACUUCAAGCAGAGCCCCCCCACCAUGACCUGCCCCUCCCUCAACAUGAAGAAGCGGCGCCAUGGAGACGAGGAGAUGUUCUACAUCCCAGUGCGAGGCCGGGAGAACUUUGACCUCCUGAUGAAGAUCAAGGACAGUCUGGAGCUGAUGGCGCUGGUCCCUCAGCAGCUGGUGGACUCCUACAGACAACAGCAACAAGAGCUGCUGCACAGACAGACUAAUAUGGUCUCGCCCUCCCCAUACGGCUCUUCGCUCGGGAACAUGAACAAGAUCCACAGCGGCAUCAGCAAGCUACCGUCUGUCAAUCAACUGGUGGGGCACCAAUCACAGCAGGGGGCUGGUCCCUCGCCCGGUAUGGCACACAUGGGGAACAUGUUGGGUGGACAUCACAACCACCACAUGCAGAGUAAUGGAGAUUUGAAUGGCUCCCACCCCCCCCAGGCCAUGGUGUCUGCCUCCCACUGUACCCCACCCCCGCCAUACAACCCUGACCCCAGCCUCGUCAGCUUCCUGACGAGUGUGGGCUGCCAGAGCUGCAUAGACUAUUUCACAUCACAAGGACUGCAGAGCAUCUACCACCUGCAAGCACUCACCAUGGAGGACCUGUGUGCGCUGAAGAUCCCGGAGCAGUUCCGCGUGGCCAUCUGGCGCGGCCUCCAGGAGAUGAAGCAGCAGAGCGGCGGCCACCAGCACGCGCAUGACUACGGCCAGCAGCUCAUCCGCUCCAGCUCCAACAUGGCCGCCGCCGCCGCUACCAUGGCGACCAUCGGGCCCGGCGUGGAGCUGCAGCGCCAGCGCGUCAUGGAGGCCGUCCACUUCCGCGUGCGCCACACCAUCACCAUCCCUAACCGUCCCGGCGUCGGCGGCACAGGGGUGGGCAUGCCCGCCACGCACGAGGACUGGGGCGAUCUGGGCUUCGACAUGCCCGACUGCAAGAGCUCGCGCCGCCAUCACGCCGCCAUUAAGGAGGAGUUCACAGAGAGCCAUGUGCACUGAGGAGCCUGGCAUGCAUGGCGUGCGUUAGGGGACUUGC